GACAAGCCACCAUGUCCGUUGAGGACACUUUCGCCAAGCUCUGCAGGAACGAAGAUACCAUACAGUCCGCGCAUGCGUUCUAUAGGCGUGCCAAAGCUCGAACGGGUCCCGGCUCUGGCUUUGAUUUGGGCACCAGCGUUGCUGCCUUACCCGCCAUCUGUGCUUACAAGGCGUCGCAAAGUCUCAACAACGACGAUGUCAGUCGUGUCGCCGCACAAGCCGUGUCAUGCAUAGCGCCGAAAGACUUCGACAUUGCGCUGCACAAAGUAGAGGCCGCCCUGUGCGAUACGCGUCGCAGCAUGACAGUGUGGUCGUAUCCAGAACUCGUACGGAAGCAUUCGGAUAAGAUUCGGUCGUCUAGUGCGCUGUUGUCGCUGCUGGGGAAGACGGAGGAAGCGUUGGACGCUACCGGUAAGGCGAAGAAAGUCAAGGAAAACGAGAAGAUGGCGAGCAUCUUGUUUUGGGUUUGCAGGCAGAAAACGGGCGAGGACAUGUUCAAGCGCUCGGGCUUCUGCAGGAUGCACGGCGUCGCUCCAGACAUGUUAGGGAAGAUUGUAGAGUUACUCGACAAGCGCGCAGCGCCGCUAGCAAAGGAGGCUGAGAAGAUUCUGAACGCUCAGCCAGCGCCAACUCGCCCGACUUCGCCGACCAAAUCGCCCAUCAAGCGCGAACUCCCGCACGGCGGCUCCCCUCACAAAAAGGCCGCACCUGUCCGCGAGUUGCCUCACGGAGGGUCCCCGCACAAGAAAGCUGCCCCGGUUCGCGAGCUUCCGCACGGCGGCUCGCCGCAUAAGCCUCAGGCAUCGUCGCACAAGCCUCAGGCGUCGCCCCGAAAGGCGCCUCCGCCGAUUCCUGCGCUCUUUCCUAAUCUACCGCAGCCGUCGUCCGCCGCCGAGAGCGGGAGCGAUGACGAGGUUGAUUUCCUGUCUCCGAAGAAGCGCAGGAAGGUCGCGCCGGCGGACAAGCAGAUCGCGCGCGAUGAGUCGCCUUCGCCUGCUCGUUCUCGCGCAGCCCGCUCGAGUCCCGUAAAGGCGGCUGCCGAGCCCAUGGACGCGCAUGUCAGUCCUCGGCGGUCGACGAGGGUGCAGGAGAUGGAGGACACUGUCGUUAUCCAGACGAGCCCGCGGAAGACCCGGAAGGCCGUCGAGGUGCCCAUGGACGUGGACUCCGACACGAGCGAGGACGAGAAGCAGCCGCAGGUUCGCAGGCGGUUCAGACCCGUGUUUCUCGACACUGUCCAGUGGAACACACGCGAUCCGCUCGCCGUGAAGCUGGAGCAGUCGAAGAACACGAAGCAGAAAGGACGUUCUGCUGCCUAACAUGUUGCUUACCAUACUCAGCAUUUGAAUCCCAAUCGAGUUUGCAAACUGUUUCGAGCACAUCAUUGUAAAGCUGCUAUUAUCGCGACGCUGGCGAACAUCAUUGGAUCCUCGCUUCUCCAUCGAAGCGCGCCAAGGAAGCAGUCCAAUAGCCCGAGAAGAAAUAGGUGAAAGACUAUACAAUAACUAGCAGAGCACCGGGCUCGAAUGC